AUGAUUCCUAUGACAGCUAGUCAAGGUAAAGAUGAAAAUCAAUUGAAACUACUUCUUAAAAACGAUAUGAUUUAUCGACAUUUUGAAACAGUACGUGGUAGUCCGCAAUAUUGGAACCAACGUUUAAAAGAUCUAUUCGGUAUGAAUCGUCAAUUAGGAAUUUCGACUUUCUUCUUAACAUUGUCUUGUGCCGAUAUGCGCUGGAAAGAAUUUCUUGAUGUCAUUGCUCGAAAUAGUGGAGAAGAAGUAAAAGAAGUUUACAGUUUUCUAGAAAAAGCAAAUCUUAUUCGUAAAAAUCCAGUUAUUGCUGCACGCAUGUUUGAACGACGAUUUCAAGUGUUUAUGAAAAAAUUUGUGAAAGGUGGUGCAUAUUGUUUAGGAGAAGUAAUUGAUUGGUUUGCUCGUAUUGAAAUGCAGAUGAGAGGUUCACCACAUGCUCAUAUGCCACUUUGGGUGAAAAAUGCACCGAAAUACAAUGGAAAAAACACAGAUGAAAAAACUGUAUUGAAAAUUAUAGAAUUCUGUGAUAAGUACAUUACGACAUGGUUUCCAUCAAUUGAUGAAGAUGGAGAAUUGCACCAUUACGUUAAGGAACUUCAAAGGCACUCACGGAAUCAUUCGAAAUCAUGUUUAAUAUGUCAUGGAACAAUCUGCCGUUUCGAAUUUCUUCGUGCUAUAUCACGACGAACUUUUAUUUCAUUUCCAUAUAUGCCUAAAAAUGACGAAGACGUUGAACUGAUAAAGAUUGUGAAAAAAACGUUACGAGAUACCAAUAUUGAAUUGAAUAACCUUGAAAAAGACAAGAUUUUAACUUGGACAGACUUUGACACAAUUCUCGAUAAAUACAAUUGGACAUAUGAAUAUUACGAAUGGUUUCUCUCAACUGUUCAUAGUCGACCAAAAAUAUUUCAUAAGAGAGAACCAAAUGCACGUUGGAUAAAUCAAUACAAUGAAGAGCUUUUGAGAGCUUGGAAUGCAAAUAUGGACAUACAAUUUAUUUUGGAUCCGUAUGCAUGUGCGAGAUAUCUAAUGUCGUACACGACAAAGCCAGAACGAGAAAUGAGCUUACUUUUAGAAGCGACACAUAAGGAAUGUCGAGAAGGGAAUCUAACAGUUCGUGAAGAGGUGAAGAGAUGA